AUGGCGCCCUCGAAAAUCUCCAGGAAAGAUUUCGAGAAGGAGUCCCUCGCAUCCUCACCAGCAUCGCCAUCACCAUCUUCCGACUCCGACUCCGACGACAUCGUCGCCGACAGCAACGACAUCGAAGCUGAGAUCCAGCGGGCCACCAAACGACGACGAGUAUCAGUCUCGUCUGACGAUUCCGACGUCGCUGCGGCCGCUCCAGCACCCCUGCCGCCGCUCCCGACUCUGUCGCGAAUCAAGAAGAAGCAGCCGCAGAAUGCGAACGAAGAGAAGAAGCAGCACGAAGAAGAAGAGCCCGUGACGAGCAAAGACGCCCUCGAGAUCGGUCUCCGGGUGACCGACUCGACCUUUGCGUCGCUCAAUGUCGCGCCCUGGCUUGUCAACGCGCUGUCGACCAUGGCCAUCCGGAGACCGACCGCCAUUCAGCGCGCUUGUAUUCCGGAGAUUCUGAAGGAAAGAGAGAGAAAGAGAGACAUUGCAGUGCUUGCAGCGCUAACUCCUGGUAGAGAGCUUGCUCUUCAGAUAUUCGAACAGUUCAAAGCAAUCUCCGCCCCGCAAAAUCUCAAACCGAUCCUGAUCACCGGCGGCACCGACAUGCGACCUCAGGCAAUCGCCCUCUCCGAAAGGCCCCAUGUGGUCAUUGCAACUCCUGGUCGUUUGGCGGACCACAUCCAGACUUCGGGCCAGGACACGAUCUGCGGCCUGAAGCGAGUGCGCAUGGUCGUGUUGGAUGAGGCCGACAGACUGCUGUCUAGUGGUCCCGGGAGCAUGCUCCCUGACGUUGAGACGUGCCUGUCGGCGCUUCCGCCGUCCAGCGAACGUCAAACUCUCCUCUUCACGGCGACUGUCACUCCCGAAGUGAGAGCGCUGAAAUCCAUGCCUCGAUCGCCGAACAAGCCUCCCAUCUUCGUUACGGAGAUCGGCACCGAGGACAACGCAACGAUUCCGCCGACCCUCAAGCAGACCUAUGUGCAAGUUCCCAUGACCCAUCGCGAAGCCUUCCUUCACGUGCUGCUGUCCACCGAAGGCAAUGCGAACAAACCGGCCAUCAUAUUCUGCAACCGGACCAAGACCGCCGACCUCCUCGAGCGGAUGCUGCGGCGUCUGUCGCACAGAGUGACCUCUCUGCACAGUCUCCUGCCGCAGUCGGAGCGGACAGCCAACCUCUCUCGUUUCCGGGCCAGCGCGGCUCGGCUACUGGUCGCCACGGACGUUGCGUCUCGUGGUCUGGAUAUCCCGAGCGUCAGCUUGGUCAUCAACUUCGACGUGCCGCGCAACCCGGACGACUACGUCCAUCGGGUCGGUCGUACGGCCCGUGCGGGACGCGAAGGUGAAGCCAUCACUCUUGUCGGGCAGCGAGAUGUGCAGCUCGUGCUGGCGAUCGAGAAGAGGGUUGGCAGACAGAUGGUCAAAUGGGAAGAGGAGGGCGUCAACAUCGAGGGAAGGAUUGUCAGAGGCGGUAUACUGAAGGAGGUGGGCGAAGCCAAGCGCGAAGCGGCGGGGGAGAUUGAAGAGGGGAGAGACGUGCUUGGUCGGAAGAAAAACAAGCUGAAAAAGCGCGUCAAGUAUGGGCGCUACGCCUUUCUACACAUCAUCCCUCUGCUGGGCUAUAAGUCUGCAGAGGUAUUGAUAUCAGCAGCUGAUCACUCGAGCCAGUCGACAACGGCUCAUCCUUUACUUUUUUUUUUUACCAUGGUAUCGUAUCCUUCACUGACCGCAGUGGAGGAGACCCUGGCCGAAGAGAUUGAAGAGUGCUCCUCAGUCAGCGAAGGGUCCCUCCCACUGGGCAAAGAAGACCUCUAUCGCUAA